GUUGGAUUCCGCUCUGUCAGGAGACAGCAUCUGUCAAAGCCCACAUUUAAACCGCCGCCUGCCUAUGCGGUGGCGGCUCGAGGGCCGACGACGGCCGUGGGGCUCGGCGAGGCGGCCCCGGCGGCGAUGGGGGGAGAGAGGCGGCAUCUGGGCAUCCUUCGCUCCCGGAGGACCGGCCCGGGGCCCGCUCGGGCUACUUGACGGGCCGGCUCGGCCAGCUCCACGCGAAAUAUGGAUACCUCGGGGAGGCGGCUGCGCCGCACCGUCGGGCCGGGGGACCGCCGCGCGUAGAAGGCUUCGAUGCGUCGGUCGUCGCCGGCGGACGGGGCUCCUUUGUUCCCCCGAACGGGAGUCCAGACCCGCCGGGACCGAGCCCACGCCCACGAGGGAGGCGGGGGCGGCUCGGGGACGAGCAGCCAGAUGGACGGCUCGGAUGCUGGGGACCAGCCGCCGCAGGAGGCAGAGCGGUGGGGGAUGCGCGCAGGAUCCGGGGCACCUUUCUGACCGGAGCGAUGAGGUGCCAAAACUAUUUUCAGGGGGCCUAAUCCUAUCGCCAUAAAUGGCCUGACUAAGGAAGAGGCGCCUAGGAGGAGACUCUCUCAGAAGACGGAGGCCGGUUUGGGGAGGAAAGAUCAUUCCGCGCCCCCGGGAAUUUCCCAGCUCAUCGGCGGACACCUACAACAUGCUUCAGCGGAGGAGGCGGCACUGCUGCUUUGCCAAGAUGACCUGGAACGCCAAGCGAUCGCUGUUCCGGACGCACCUCAUCGGCCUGCUCUCCCUCGUUGUCCUCUUCGCCACGUUUCUGUUCUUUCACCACCACGACUGGCUGCCGGGGCGGGCGGGAUUUAAGGAAAACCCCGUGGCCUACACCACGCGGGGGUUCCGGUCCACCAGGAGCGACGCGAACCACAGCUCGCUGCGGAGCAUCUGGAAGGAGGCGGCGGCUCCUCAGACGCCGCGGGCCCAGGCGGCCGGCGGCUCCAACCGCAGCGAGCCGUCCGCCCCGGGGGUGACCGGGCUGGAGAACACGCUCGGCGCCAACGGGAGCCUUUACGACGCCGGCCGGCCCGGCCCGCCCCACUUCAGGUACAUCAUAAACGAGCCCGCGAAAUGCCGGGAAAAGAGCCCUUUCCUCAUCCUGCUCAUCGCCGCCGAGCCCGGCCAGGUCGAGGCGCGGCAGGCGAUCCGGCAGACGUGGGGCAACGAGAGCCUGGCCCCCGGCGUCCAGAUUGCCCGCGUCUUCCUGCUGGGCUUCAGCGCCAAGUUAAGCGGCCACCUCCAGCGGGCCAUCCGGGAGGAGAGCAGACACCACCACGACAUCGUCCAGCAGGAAUACCUGGACACCUACUACAACCUGACCAUUAAGACCCUCAUGGGGAUGAACUGGGUGGCGACCUACUGCCCCCGCAUCCCGUACGUCAUGAAGACCGACAGCGACAUGUUCGUGAACACGGAGUACCUGAUACACAAACUGCUGAAGCCGGACCUGCCCCCGAGGCGCAACUACUUUACCGGCUACCUGAUGAGGGGGUACGCGCCCAAUCGCAACAAGGACAGCAAGUGGUACAUGCCGCCGGACCUCUAUCCCAGCGAGCGCUAUCCGGUCUUCUGUUCCGGGACGGGUUACGUGUUUUCGGGAGACCUGGCCGCUAAGAUCUUCCGCGUCUCCCUGGGCAUCAGGCGCUUGCACCUGGAGGACGUAUACGUGGGCAUAUGCCUCGCCAAGCUGAGGAUCGACCCCGUGCCCCCCCCCAAUGAGUUUGUCUUCAAUCACUGGCGGGUUUCUUACUCGAGUUGUAAAUACAGCCACCUGAUUACCUCCCAUCAGUUCCAGCCUAGCGAACUGAUCAAAUACUGGAACCACUUACGGCAAAAUAAGCACAACGCCUGUGCCAAUGCGGCAAAAGAAAAGGCGGGCAGAUACCGUCACCGCAGGCUGCACUGAGGAGGACCCGGGAUUCCACGUGCGGUUUGUAGACGGGGCCGAAGGCACGGACGGGGAAAGGCGAGGGGGCUCGACGGGACGCUCUUUAGUUAGGCCCCGUCGCGUUACAGAGUUCAAAAUUAUUUUUUUAAUUUCUGAAGGGUAGGAUUCUUAAGACAGAGUGUUACACUAUCACCCAAAUAUUUCCCAAACCACUUGGAGAAGGGGAGAAUAUGCAAAGAUGGGGCGUGGUAAUGUGCAAUAAUGAGCACGAACACUUUGGGGUUGUGGGGGGGGGAUUACGGAACUGUUCGGGGAUGUGCGAUGUUACGGAACCAUACUUUUCAAACAAAUCUUACUUUGAAAAAUGAAGCCUGAGUCAAAAGAAACUGUCCUUCUGAAUCAAUGUUUUCCACUUAGCUAAAUAAAGUAGCUGUAAAUAAUAAUCAUAAUAAAAAAAUCUACAACUUG